AUGGCUUCUACAAAGACCGAUUCCGACAUCUCCGACACAUUCCAAGUGCUUCAGCACACGGUCCCUAGCCAGCAUAUACGGGAAUAUCCCCAGGCAACGGCAGCCAAGCAGGAGGACGUUUUAUACCUUGCUGUGAAGCAAUAUGUGCCGUGGGAUAACCUACAUCCUUCCCCUGGCGCGGAAGCGUAUGAGCCGUUUUGGGUGGACAUUUAUCAGGCAGCCAGUAAAUCCGGGCUGGCGAUUCGUGGUAUAUGGAUGGCUGACGUGGCCCACCAGGGUGUCAGUGGUCUGGUGAACGAGGAACGCUUGGGGAAUGAUCCUUCCGCCUUUGACCAUUCUCGGGACCUGUUACUCCUGAUGAACCAUUUCCGAGACAGCCUUCCGCAGCCAAUCAUUGGCCUUGGGCACAGUAUGGGAGCGACGCAAUUGAUCCAUCUCUCCCUUAUGCACCCCCGAAUCCUGCAGGGUCUUUUUCUAAUAGAGCCCAUUGUUUUCCCUUAUUCCGGGGCGGAUCAGGGUCGAUACCCGGCGGCGCUAGUAUCCCUGCGACGUCGAGAUACCUUUCCCACCAAGGACAUGGCUGUAGCCCACUUUCAGCGCAGCAAGUUGUUCCAAUCAUGGGAUCCACGGGCAUUUGGUAAAUGGAUUGAAUAUGGCCUCCGUGAUGCUCCACCUGGCCCCGAGCCGCGAGUGGUUUUGACGACCCCCAAAAGUCAAGAGUUGUCCACCUUUGUUCGACCCAUUCUCGCCCCGAAAUCGACAACAGACCGUCGUGUACUCUGUCCGGAUCUUGCACUCGAGGCACUUGACGAUGAACGGAUCCUGUUCUAUCGCCCCGAACCGGUCAUCACAUUUCAUAAUCUCCCACACCUGCGACCACCGACCAUGUACGCAUUCUGUGAGGGCUCGCAGCUUGUCACUCGGGAGAUGCGGACUGUUAUCACGGAGAAGACCGGAACCAGCGUGGGUGGAAGUGGCGGGGUGGUAACAGGGCGUGUUAACAUGACCGUCAUCAAUGACGCAGGGCAUUUUGCUCCGAUGGAACAUCCCCAACGCCUAGCAGACCAUGUUGUGGAGUGGCUACAGGGUGAAGACCGCCGGUGGAUUGCUGCAGGGGAAUUGGAAAGACCGAAACAUCGAGGGCAGGAUGAGGGAAGCCCGCGCGAGAUGAGUCGGGAGGUGUUAGCUUUGUUAGAGGGAACAGACAGUUGCCCAGACACAGCAGCGCGUCCCCAUAAAUUGUGA